AGGCAACACACCUCGCCUACCUCCACUCUCUCGCGCUCGCUCUCCAAUGCCGCCACCAAUGGCGCUCUCCAUCUCCUCCACCGCCGCGGCGACCGCUCUCCUCCCGACUCUCCCGCCCUCGCGCUCGCGCCUGCGCGUCGCGCCGCGCAGGGCGGCGGCUCGGGUGGCGCGCGUGGUGUCGGCCGGAUACGCCGCGGGGUUCUACGGCGGGGCGGCGGCUGCGGCCGGUGGCGAGAACGACGAGGUGGGGGAUGAGGAGGGUUCGUCCUCGGGGUUCGGUGCUGGGCUAGGGAUAGGAGGCGGUGGGCUUGGGAUGUCGGCCGCGGAGGCGGCGCUGGCGCUGGAGGAGCGGGAGAUGCCGCCGUGCCCGCCCGGGCUUCGCCAGUACGAGACCAUGGUCGUGCUCCGCCCCGACAUGUCCGAGGAGGAGCGCCUCGCCCUCAUACAGCGUUACGAGGAGCUCCUUGUUGCGGGUGGCGCCAUGUAUGUGGAAGUCUUCAACCGAGGAGUCAUCCCACUGGCAUACAGCAUCAGGAAGAGGAACAGCAGGACUGGUUUGCCAUCCACCUACUACGACGGAAUCUACCUCCUUGUGACAUACUUCACCAAGCCUGAAUCCCUGGAUGCUCUGCAAAUGAGGCUCAAUGCUGACGACGAUGUCAUCCGCUCAACCAGUUUCAAGGUCCGCAAGCGGAAAGCCUUUUAAGAUCAGUUUCACCACCUGGACUCAGGUUUCCAUGUUUUGGGGAAUAUGUUUAUAUCAUACAAGAAUCCUACUGCCAUGGGAGGAGAUUGGUUUUUCGCUGCAAUCGUUGAGAAAAAAUGUCGCCCUUUCUGUUGAUAAUUUAGAAGAAAUUUGUCUUCCUUUUUUUUCGUUAUAGCACUGCUCUGAUCUUACCUGGUACUCCUACACGUUAAGGGAUAUUGAACGAACACUUUUGUGGAGCAUGGCCUGCUGGGGCCUCUGGAACAAGUUAUGCUGUUAACAAAAUCAGGGCUCAUUUCCUGUACGCCAUGGCAUUUCAUUUA